UGGAAUUAGCCUGGGAAUCAGCCUGGGAAUCAACUUGGAAUUAGCCUGGAAUUAACCUGGGAUCAACCUAGAAUCAGCCUGGGAAUCAACUUGGAAUCAGCCUGGAAUCAGCCUGGGAAUCAGCUUGGAAUUAGCCUGGAAUUAGCCUGGGAAUCAGCCUGGGAAUCAACUUGGAAUUAGCCUGGAAUUAACCUGGGAUCAGCCUAGAACCAGCCUGGGAAUCAACUUGGAAUUAACCUGGAAUCAACUUAGAAUCAACCUGGGAAAGAGCCUGGGAAUCAACUUGGAAUCAGCCUGGGAAUCAGCCUGGGAAUCAACUUGGAAUCAGCCCGGAAUUAGCCCGGGAAUCGCCCUGGAAUCCCCCCGCGUCUCCCAGCCUCCCGUCCCCCAUUCCCUGGGAAAACCGGGAAUUCCCGCUGAGCCGGCGAUGCCUCCUCGAGUGACCCCUCCCUGACCCCCCCAUCCCGCCUCAUUCCAACCGGGAAAACAAACCCCCCCCACCCCCCCCAACAUGCCCAGGAACGGCGGAUUCUCCGAGCCGGAAUUCUCCGCCGACUACUCCGCCGACUACUCCGCCAGCCUCCCCUCGGAUCCCGAGCGCGCCGCCGACGCCUCCGGGUCCUCCCGCCGCCCCCGCGGAACCUUCCGGAUCUCCCCUCCCUGCCCCUGCCUCCCGCGCUCCGCCCGCCUCUCCUUCGCCCCGGAAUCCCUGGAAAACCUCUACCAGGCCUAUUUCCGCCGGCAGCGCCACGACACCCUCCUGGUGCUCGCCGUCUUCGCCGCCCUCUUCGACGCCUACGUCCUGGCCACCGCUUCCCUGGACCUGGGGCGGGAUGGGCGGGAAUUCCCGCCCGUCCUGGUGCCGGCGGCGGCGUUCCUGGUGGCCCACGUGGCCCUGCUGGCCCUCUGGAAGUGCCGCCUGCUCCCGGAGCGUUUCUCCCGACGCUUCCUGCCCGGGAUCCUCUGGAUCCUCAUCCCGGCCCAGGUCCUGGGCUACCUGGCGCUGAAUUUCGGGAGCGCCCCGGAGCCGGCGGACACGGUGGGCUGGCAGGCCUUCUUCGUCUUCUCCUUCUUCCUGACGCUGCCCCUGCGCCUCCUGCCCAUCGUGGCCGUGGCCGCCGCCUCCUGCGGCCUCCACACCCUCGUGCUCGGCGUGGCCGUGGCCCAGCAGCAGCGGAGACGCAAUUCCAUGAAUUCCCUGGAGCGGGGCGGGGACCUGGGGAGGCAGCUCCUGUCCAACGUGGCCCUGUACGCCUGCGCCAUCACCGUGGGCUCCAUGUCCUACCACAUGGCCGACAGGAAGCACCGGAAGGCGUUCCUGGAAGCGCGGCAAUCCCUGGAAGUCAAGCUCAACCUGGAGGAGCAGAGCCAGCAGCAGGAGCGGCUGAUGCUCUCCAUCCUGCCCAAGCACGUGGCGGACGAGAUGCUGAAGGACAUGAAGAAGGACCCAAGCCAGAAGGAGCUGCAGCAGUUCAACACCAUGUACAUGUACCGGCACGAGAACGUCAGCAUCCUGUUCGCGGACAUCGUGGGGUUCACGCAGCUCUCGUCGUCCUGCAGCGCCCAGCAGCUCGUCAAGCUGCUCAACGAGCUCUUCGCCCGCUUCGACAAGCUGGCCGCCAAACACCACCAGCUGCGGAUCAAGAUCCUGGGAGAUUGCUACUACUGCAUCUGCGGGCUGCCGGAAUUCCGGGAAGACCACGCCGUGUGCUCCAUCAUGAUGGGGCUGGCCAUGGUGGAGGCCAUCUCGUCGGUCCGCGCCCGGACGCGGACGGCGGUGGAC